AUGCGAAGAACUUCGCCAUCUGGAGCCACGUUGCCCGUAAGGAGGAGCUCGCCCGUCGGUCGAGAAGCCGAGCCCUUGCAGCUGCCCGCGGUGCCGAGUGCCGGUCGUGUUGAUCCGUUUGAAGCGAGGCCGUUGAGCGCUGAGGCGGCGCCGACGGUGGAUGAGUUGAUGCAUCACUAUUUAGCGAACUUUGCAUACCGCUCCUUCCCGUUCUACGCUUCGAAACCGCUGAUCGAGCUGUGGUGGCCGUUCGUGCGGAGUGAUGAAGUGCUGUUCAAUGUUGUUUUGUUGCUGAGUGGGCUCGAUCGUGUGCAGCUGCAGCUGCAGCAACAUAAUAGUGUUCAUACCCGACAGUUGAUGGACCAGUGCUUGACGCUACUCAAUACCCGUAUUCAGGAUCCUGUUGCUGGGACGAACGAUCAGACCAUGGUUGCGAUCGCGACGCUGGCGAGCAUGGAGCAUGAUCGUGGAAAUAUGCGGGCUUUGGACAUGCACCUCGAAGGUCUCAAGCGAGUCGUCGAGCUGCGCGGUGGCCUCGACAAUGUCCGCACCACAAACCCCAUGGCGGCGAAUCUCGUGUUCUGGUGUGCAAUGGUGUCCGUUAACGAGCCUUCACUGCUGCCUCUAACGUACGGCGAUGCCACGCGCGAGCUUGACUGGCUGCAGAACCCAGAUACUGCGACCCUCCUCACCCACGACGGUGGCCAUGCCAAUCUGCGUGACUUCGGCGUCGAUGUGGUGACUGCGAAUGUCCUGCACGAGGUCCAGCGGUUGUCGCGAUUGUAUACCUCGACGCUGAAUUAUGGUUCCACGCACGAGGCCACGACGGUGCUGAGCUAUCUGUGCUCUGUGCUGGAGAGGAUGUUGCAGCUUAGCCAGGCCCCCUCCAAUGAUUCGCCGAUUCCUGGGUUGUCGCAGAGCUGUAGACUGGCUGGUUGUCUUCAUAUCUUCACUCCAAUGUCCGGCUAUUUCCCAGACCCAACCCUGAUGCUCCAUACACUCGUCCGCGACCUCAAAGCUUCCCUCACCUACAUGAUCCGGGCAGUAGGCACACAGAGUCGUCUCCUCCUGUGGCUCUUGUCCGUGGGAGGAAUCACCGCACACUCAAUGCCAGAACGAGCGUGGUUCGUGGGCCAUCUGGUGGUGGCUGUCACAGACCUCGAAAUCCUAUCGUGGGACGCCAUGCGACAGAACCUAGUGCAGCUCGCGUUUCACGACAACUUCUGCGACAAGAGCUUCCACGCGCUGUGGGAAGAGGUGCGGAGCAAGCAGGAGGCGCUGUACCUCACCGUGCCGGGAAGCGGUGAGCUGCAAGGUAUGAGAUGGUGCGAACGUCGGUUGGAUCCAAGUUGA